ACGAGUUUGUCACUAGAAAUUAUCAUUAAAAAAAAUAGAUUUCGGCUUUAUUUCAUUGAGUAUAACGGCAAUUGAAUUUAUUUGGAAUAAUUUCAAUGAAUUUUCUGGAUUAUUUGGUUAUUUCCGAUUGAUUCAAUGUAUAAUCAAUCGAUUGAUUUUAUUUAUUGGUCUUUAUGUUUUUGCUCAUGUUACUAUAUUGAUGGCUACUAUUGGUAUUGCUUAUCUAUUGACUGUUUAUAUAUAUAGUUGGCAAACCGAUCAAUUGCUUCAUUGUGACAAUCAUCAUCAGCAUCGUCAUCAUAAUCGAAAUAAUAAAUCAUCAAUAAAUCUACGGUGUAUGUUGAAACAAUUUCAGGUGCGUCAUACAAAAAAUUUAGAACGAAUUCAAACGGGCAAUAUUUAUUCGCGUGCAUUACUUAUAUUUUUAUUGCCCAAUAUUCCAUUCAAUUGUUAUCUAUUGGUAUUUGUGAUUUUUACGCAAACUACAUGGAUAAUUCGAUUUAUAUCCUGCUCAGUUAUAAUUGAAGAAUUUGCCGGUAUAUUCGGCAUACAUCUAUUGUUUGCAUUAGCAAACCGACAAUUUCAAAAAUCAAGCAUCACAUUCAUGCAUAUAUUGGCUAAAAAACAUCAACAUAUUAAUCGUCACAUUUAUAUUGCUAAUCGUUUGAAAAUAAUUAAUUAUGGACAAAAUUUUCAUGCAAAAAAUAAAUAUGGUUUCACAUAUGGAAAACUUGAAUUAAUCACAAUGAAUGAAUGUGUCAAGUAUCUUCUACUCUAUUCACAAUUGUUAAUGUUCAUCUAUGUUCAUAUUGUUUUUCGACGAUAUCAUUAGAAUCGACACAGCGCAACAGCAGCAGCAACCCACACAGAUCGAUUUCGAUGAAAUUCCAUCAUCAAUGUUGCCAUCAGAAUAUAAUGUUGGCUAAAAAUUAUUGAAAACCAUCAUUAUCUAUUUUAUUUCCAAUAAUUCCAUAAUGAUUCCAAUAUACAUUGAACGCUGAAUGGAAUUUUUUUUUGUCUGUUCA